CACUCGAGGGUGAGGGAGGGUGAGCCUUUGAGCUGAGGGGAGGGGACAAGGGCGGAAUGUGGGCUGGGCCAAGUUUAGAAUUACAAGUGCCAGAGGAGUGGGAACCACACUUUAAAUAGCCAUCACCUCCCCUUCCCCCAGAUAAUUCUUCUCCCCUCUGACGGACCUCUGGCAGCAACUACACUAAGGGGGAAUGGAUAGCAGGGUCUCGGGCACCACCAGUAAUGGAGAGACCAAACCAGUGUGCCCAGGCCUGGAAAAGGCGGCGGAGGAUGGUGCCCUGCAGCGAGAGCAGUGGAGCAACAAGAUGGAGUUCGUGCUGUCCGUGGCCGGGGAGAUCAUUGGGCUGGGCAACGUCUGGAGGUUCCCCUACCUCUGCUACAAAAACGGGGGAGGUGCCUUCUUCAUCCCCUACCUCAUCUUCCUCUUUACCUGCGGCAUUCCUGUCUUCCUCCUGGAGACGGCGCUGGGCCAGUACACCAGUCAGGGGGGCAUCACUGCCUGGAGGAAGAUCUGCCCCAUCUUUGAGGGCAUCGGCUACGCCUCCCAGAUGAUCGUCACCCUCCUCAACAUCUACUACAUCAUUGUCCUGGCCUGGGCCCUCUUCUACCUCUUCAGCAGCUUUACCGUCGACCUGCCCUGGGGAAGCUGCCGCCACGACUGGAACACGGAGCGCUGCGUGGAGUUCCAGAGGACCAAUGGCUCUCUGAAUGCAACCGCUGAGAAUGCCACCUCUCCCGUCAUCGAGUUCUGGGAGCGGCGGGUCCUGAAGAUCUCAGAGGGCAUCCAGCACCUGGGUGCCCUGCGCUGGGAGCUGGCCCUGUGCCUCCUGCUCGCCUGGGUCAUCUGCUACUUCUGCAUCUGGAAGGGCGUCAAGUCCACGGGCAAGGUGGUGUACUUCACGGCCACCUUCCCUUACCUCAUGCUGGUGGUCCUGUUGAUUCGAGGGGUGACACUGCCCGGGGCAGCCCAAGGGAUUCAGUUCUACCUGUACCCAAACCUCACGCGUCUGUGGGACCCCCAGGUGUGGAUGGACGCGGGCACCCAGAUCUUCUUCUCCUUUGCCAUCUGCCUAGGGUGCCUGACGGCCCUGGGCAGCUACAACAAGUUCCACAACAACUGCUACAGGGACAGCAUCGCGCUCUGCUUCCUCAACAGCGGCACCAGCUUCGUGGCCGGGUUUGCCAUCUUCUCCAUCCUGGGCUUCAUGUCCCAAGAGCAGGGGGUGCCCAUCUCUGAGGUGGCCGAGUCAGGCCCCGGCCUGGCCUUCAUCGCCUACCCCCGGGCUGUGGUGAUGUUGCCCUUCUCGCCUCUCUGGGCCUGCUGCUUCUUCUUUAUGGUCGUCCUCCUGGGACUGGACAGCCAGUUCGUGUGUGUGGAAAGCCUGGUGACGGCGCUGGUGGACAUGUAUCCCCGUGUGUUCCGCAAGAAGAACCGCAGGGAGGUCCUCAUUCUGGGGGUGUCUGUCACCUCCUUCCUCGUCGGGCUGGUCAUGCUCACAGAGGGCGGCAUGUACGUGUUCCAGCUCUUUGACUACUAUGCAGCCAGUGGCAUGUGCCUGCUGUUCGUGGCUAUCUUUGAGUCCUUCUGCGUGGCAUGGGCCUAUGGAGCCGGGCGCUUUUAUGACAACAUCGAGGACAUGAUUGGGUAUAGGCCAUGGCCUCUCAUCAAAUACUGUUGGCUCUUCCUCACACCAGCUGUGUGCACAGUAAGACAAGCUCCGGAGGAGAAACCAGAUGAAGGGAGAGAGGCGGUGGUCCAGGAGGGCCACCUUCCUCUUCUCCCUGAUCAAGUACACCCCGCUGACCUACAACAAGAAGUACAAAUACCCGUGGUGGGGCGAUGCCCUGGGCUGGCUCCUGGCCCUCUCCUCCAUGGUCUGCAUUCCUGCCUGGAGCUGCUACAAACUCAGCACCCUCAAGGGGUCUUUCAGAGAGAGAGUUCGCCAGCUCCUGUGCCCAGCCGAGGACCUUCCCCAGGGGCACCGAGAAGGACCCUCUGCCCCAGCCACACCCAGGACAUCACUUCUCAUCCUCACUGAGCUGGAGCCUCACCACUAGAGGCCAGGGCCUGAGUGGUCCAGUGAGCCUGGCUGUGGACACGAUUACAGAAGGAACACACAGAAGCAGCCCUCUGUGUUUCUCCAGGCUCCCCGCCCCGGCUCGGGAAGGGGUGGCGGUGGGGGGACAGGCAGAGACUAGACAAGAUAAUAGGGGACAUUUUAGAACCCAAUUCUGAGCUGGGUGCCAACUUCCCUGCUCCAGGGGUGGCUGGAUGGGUGAGAAGGGCCAGGAUCGAGGGCAACCCCUUUGAGAGGGGCCUAGGGAGUCUGGGGGAUGGGCGAAAGCUCUGUUUGGCUUCCCUUCAUUCCAUUAAAUCCAAGUUCUUCCUACCAGCUGCUAGCGGGUC